AUGGAUCAAGUAUCGUCUAAAGUGAUACACGAUGUUAGUGGUCAGAAGAAACUUAUUAGUUUCAAUCCAAUCCAGGGCCGAAUCACAACUCAAACAGUCCGGGAUGAAGAAGAAUAUAUGGAGCAUCUGGGAAAAAUAAUACAACGGGAUUUUUUCCCCAGCCUUACCGCGAACGAAGAAAAGGGAGCUGAUGAUGAAUCCAGUGAGCUUAAAGAUAGAGGUGCCCUUCGCACCGAUUCUCAUAACCCUGAAAAGAGUGAUCCAACUGCUAUGUCUUUGGAUAAAUACAUGGCUAAUAAUACCACGGAAGAUGAUGCAUCCUUCGCCGAACUAGUUGAAGAAAACGAAAAAAAGCAGAGAAUUAAACUGGCUCCUUUUUUCCCCUCUCUCCAGUGUUCUGCACCUGCACCUUUGGACGAUCCAAAAACCUUGGCUCUCCCUGGUGUUUCUAAUGCUGUUGUUGGACCUAGGAUCACAAUUACUGGAAACAAUGCUGUUCAUUUUAAUCCUGAUGGUGUAUCUCAAACCAGGGAGGAAUUGCUGGAAUUUUUGUCAAAGGAACGCAAAAUUGUACCUACUAAUACUCGCUUCAAGAGACCUUUUCCAGUAAAUCUGGAAAAAAAACGUACAAUGAAACAUUUACUUGCAGCAAAGCUGGGUCGUGUCGGUCUUAAUGGUUUAGAAAUGAACUCACCAUACGGAACUCCUCAGGCUUCUGGGUACAAAUUUCUUGAUUCUUCCCCUUCACCAAUGACAAUGUUUCCUCACACACCUUUAAUGACUUGGGGUGAAUUGGAUUCGACACCGUUCCGACUAGAUGACAGCGAAACGACACCAUCAGUUGUAUCUGGUGGUCCAGCCUUUCGUAUCCCAUCUCCUUCUCAACGUGAACAGCUUGCCCACCAAUUAGCAGAUAAAGCAAGUCGUCAACGUGUGCGUGAUCGUUUGGAAGCAGUUAAAAGAAUGCAGUCAGCAGCAUCAAGUCCAUCACGGUCGCUACUCUCUCCUGCUGCUCUUCGUUUACUCGCUUCUAGCUCAUCGAUUAUAAAUAACGAACCAAACAGCCGACCUUCAACUGGCACUGCUCGUAUUGGUGGGCAAACAUGUUCUCCUCUUCCUAAAGUCAAUACUCCUCGGCGUGUUCCAUCUGAUUUGGGUGUUGUUAGACGUCCGAAUUCAGCACGUUCAACUCCUAAUUGCGAAUCGGUGAAACCGAACACUACUCAUAAGAAAAUUCCUCUAGAACGUGGUGAUAUCCAGAUUGAUAAACCGGAAUCUUCAUCAAUUACAGAUAACUUACUGAAUUUAAAAUGUCAAAAUUUGUGAUUCUUUGUAUUUAUCAAAUCAGGAAAAUUUCAUGUAGAUAUGCCUCCAUUACUAUACUCAGACCCAUACUAUUUUGUACAGUAAAUGAGUACAGUUUUUCUCUCUGUGAUUUGCUUCUCAAUUAAAUUUCUUGUUAAUUGAGUCAUUUUUGUCAAGUUUCACACUAUUCACUACUAAUUCAUACAGACAUUAAGUCGUGUAUUGAACGUGAAGUUUAUUUUUUGUAUUCCUUAAAUGAUGACUAAAGCACGAGUAGUAUCAAUAUCUAAGUAGUUUAUUAUACAUCAUUUGUUGUCAAAGCAAACGAUAUAUCAAAAUUAUCAUUACAAUAUCUUGCUUUUCGAGUAAAAGAAAUCAGUUUGUUCGUAAAGUCGGUUGAUAAACCGUCUUGAACUGGCUCGGUUUAAUCUGGAUUUUGAGAAUCUUAUCGGCUUACAUUUAGUUUUGUACCAGAAUAUCAUAAACUGCUGGCUUGCACUUUUUGUGCGUAUGUAGCUUUGUUUCGAGCUCAACAGUUAAGGGGGUGAGGUUUGGAAACAAUAUUUUAAAUACUUAUUUUGUAAUAAUACCCUGGUACGGUUGAGAGUGAAGAGAAUAAGCUCUCCUUCUCUCUCUCUCCUUCCCUCAUGUGCAUACAACCGCCGUCAAGGAAGUCCUAUUCACAACCUUCUUGAGUCGGGGCUGUUGUUUACGAAACUGAGGGGACGAAAAGCGAACGUCUGGCGUUUUAACCAGGUUAAUGGGCACGGCGUAUCCACCAAGAGGAAUUGGGAAUCCCUGAUUCCAAACCAAUGGUUCAGAUGGGCUCUAGGAUCCUGAGUGGACAAAUGGCAUAUGAAUCUGUUGUUGGUCACCGGCUACAAUGGGACUGCAUCUUCUGACGUUGCUCCACUGCCUUGUGGAUCAGACCUUUAGGUCAAAGGCUCAGGGAGUGGUUUCCUAAAGAAACUACCUGCUUCGAUCUGGGCACCCGGCCAGUAUUCAAGCCCUCACAUAAAUGGAAUGAUGAAGUGUGACGCAUAUGUAUUCUGUGCCUCAAUCAUUCACAAACUGUUUAGUUUCUAACAAGGAUGUCUAUUGUUGCAAUUUGUCACACUUCACAAAAGUAUGCACAAUACGUCCUGACUAGCGAUGUUUAUGAGGAUUCAUAGCCUCAUCAAUCAUAAUUUAUACCUAAAAACACAUACAUAGCUUCAAUAUUGGAUACUUUGUCGUUCCAUCAUAAGCGGUCAGUGCUUCGCUAAACGUCCCACUUAUAAGCACUGGGUUUUUCAGGCUCUUUACAACUAAUUGAAGCCCGUCGGUCUACUCCGGGUGACCGUGAGUUUGACCAUAAACGAAGGAUGUUACAAAAGGAAAUUGGGCAAAGACCGAUAGACAUGGUGAUCAGAGCGUGGUAAUGAGCUGGAAGCAGCAGCUCCAUCUGGUAAUUACCGGAAGCUCUUCCAACUCAUCCGAGCCACUGGCAGCAAGAAGUCUGGUGUGAGCGAAACAAUCUGCGAGGAUGACGGAAUGCUAAUCAUUAACAUCCAUCGACGUCUUAGAUGAUGGGCAGAAUUCUUCGAAGGGCAGUUCAACUGGCCUGCUGCUCCGGCAACAUCGGUCAGACUGGCCUGCCCUUCAUGACCGGUGACGACUGAUCCACCAAGUGAGGUGGAUAUCCGCAAGGAACUCCACUCUUGAAGCGCUACAAGUCAUCAGGCCCAGAUGACUUACCCCCGGCCCUUUUUAGAGAUGGUGAUGACUUUCUGGUUAAGGAACUGACAACGUUGUUUACAAAGGUCUGGGAGCUAGAGAGUGUACCAACGUCAUGGAAUGACUCGAUAGUUGUCCCUAUCUUUAAAAAGGGUUCACGUCGUUUCUGUAACAACUAUCGGUGGAUAAGUCUACUUCCGAUCGCAUCCAAUCUAUUGGCUUCCGUCAUACUUCAUAGGUUGUUCAAAACUCGAGAAAGAUUGACUCGCAAGUAGCAGGCUGGUUUUCGUUCUGAUCGAGGAUGUAUUGAUCAUAUCUUCACCCUCCGCCAAAUGCUAGAACACCGUCAUACUUAUCACAGGCCAUCAAUCGUAGUGUUUCUUGACAUCAGGGCUGCCUUCGUUUCGUUGGACAGGACUGUUCUCUGGGAUUGUCUAUUGAAGAAGGGUGUGCCUGAGAAGUUCAUUAACAAACUAAAGGCCCUAUAUACAAACACUUCAGGUUAAGUGAGGGCGGACAACCACCUUUCUCCAUUGUUCUAUUCGAGCAGUGGGGUUAGGCAGGGUUGCCCAAUCUCACCAUUCCUCUUCAACUUUGCCAUCGACGACAUUCUGGAAACAGCUCUGAUGGAUGUAAGUAAUGGUGGUGUGGAUCUGUUGCCUGGAGAAAGACUUCUCGACCUUGAGUAUGCGGAUGAUAUUGUCUUACUGUGCGAUAAUGCCCAAGCCAUGCAAUCCGCACUUAAUCAGUUGGCGAAUUAGUGUCCGUACUUACUUACGCCUGUUACUCCCCGUGAAGGCCGCUCACCAGCAUUCGCCAUCCAACCCUGUCCUGGGCAAUCUUUUCCAGCUCCUUCCACUUGUUACUCAUCCUUUCCAUAUCUGUCUUUAUUUCCCGACGUAAUGUGUUCUUUAGCCUUCCUCUUCUCCGCCUUCCUUCAGGAUUCCAAGUUAGGUUUUGUUUCGUGAUGCAGUUUGACGAUUUGCGUAGUGUAUGUCUUAUCCAUUUCCAUCGUCUUUCCCUAAUUUUCUUUUCAGCUGGAUACUGGUUUGUUCUCUCAGAGAAGGCUGUUGCUGAUGGUAUCCUGCCAAUGGAUGUUGAGUAUCUUGCGUAGACAGCACCUUCUUGAUGAUGGUUGUAGUAGUUCUCCAAGUUUCAGCUCCAUACAGUAGAACUGCCUUGACGUUCGUACUGAAGAUUCUCACUUUGAUAUUGGUUGAAAGUUGUUUUGAGUUCCAUAUGUUCUUCAACUGUAGGAAUGCGAUCCUUGCUUUGCCAAUCCUUGCCUUUACGUCUGCAUCUGAACCUCCUUGUUCAUCGAGAGUGGAUGGACUGCUGUUUUCCGUGUUGAAUUUGAGGACCUUGAUUUUCCCCUGAAGCUAUGGCAGCUCCUCUCCUGGUUCUCACAUCUUCCAUUGUCCUUCUAAAUUUUUUAUUGAUACAAAUAUGAUCUAUCUGGUUCUCUGUAGUGUGGUUCGGUGAGAUCCAUGUGGCUUUGUGUAUACGUUUGUGUGGAAAUAUUGUGCCUCCUAUGACCAAUUUGUUGAAUGCACACAGAUUUACAAACCUUUCUCCAUUUUCGUUUCUCUCUCCCAGUCAACGUCGUCCCAUAAUAUCUUCAUAUCCGGUGUUGUCCGUUCCGACUUUGGCAUUUAGAUCUCUCAUCAGAAUGGCGAGGUCCUUUCUUGGGCACUUCUCUAUGAUUGACUGCAGCCGCUCGUAGAAUUGAUCUUUAAUGUAGUCGUUGCUAUCAUUGGUGAGUGGGAUCAUUAGAGCAACUCCUUGAGUGUGCGGAGCAUUUUCCUCUUCGUCACCGGAGUAUAGUAGCAUCUCUCCCGUAUUUAGCCUUUGUUAUCCAGCUUGGCUCCAAUGGGUUUCGCUGAUUCCCAGUACUGCCAAGUUGUAUCUCCUCAUUUCCGUUGCUGUUUGACUGGUCUUCCCGGUCUCCCACAUUGUUCGAACGUUCCAUGUACCUAUAAAAAUUUUUGCUCUGGUUGUUAGAAGGGGCAUCGGCCUCGUGGCUUCCGAAGGAACUCGGCUUUCACCAAGAAGCGUCAUAAUUCUUCUAAAUGAAGACUUUCUAACUCCUAGGGCAGAGUUAAAAUGGUUUGAAUAAAUUUUUCUGGUAAGCGUUUUUUAGCGAGUUAGUUUUCUACGGGAUGGGGACGCUAACCCCAUGCCCAGCCCUCCUCCUUUACCGGGACUUGGGACCGGCAGUAACUCUAGAAGAGCUACAGGCAGAGUUGAAUUAGUGUCCGUAGGUACGGUAUAUGCUUCGCACCUUCAAAGUGCAAAGUACUUCUACAAGACUGGCAUGAUUCUAAUCCUGUACUCACGCUGGAUGGUGAGCAGAUAGAAGAAGUCGAGAAUUUCGUGUAUCUAGGUAGCUGCAUAAGUGCUGGUGGUGGCGUGAUUGGUGAGACCAAUGUACGUAUAAUGGAAGCCAGAGCGGCUUAUGCCAAUCUGGGCCACCUUUGGCGCCUUCGUGAUGUUAGUCUGGCUGUAAAGGGUCGGAUCUACAACGCGUCGGUGAGAGCAGUUUUGCUUUAUGCUUGUGAAACCUGGCCUCUCCGAGUUGAGGACGUUAGACGACUCUCUGUGUUCGAUCAUCGCUGUCUCCGAAGGAUUGCUGACAUUCAGUGGCAGCACCAUGUCAGUAAUGCAGAGGUUCGGCAUCGUGUGUUCGGGCACAGAGACGAUAAUGCAAUUGGUGUCACCAUCCUGAAACAUUGACUUCGAUGGCUUUGACAUGUCCUACGAAUGUCGUCUCAGAGAAUUCCACAUCUUGCAUUAUUUGCCGACGCUGAGACUGGUUGGAAAAACCGGAGAGGUGGUCAGUGUAUGACAUGGUGUCGUGGUAUGAAAGAAAGCUGCAAAGGGCUUGCUUUUGCUGAUCGUUCACGACUCCUUGGCUGAGGUCCGAGAGAUAAUGUAACACAGUGGCUAGAGACUUCAGAUAUGGCUCGGAAUAGAAGCCAGUAGCGAUCCUGCUGUAACCUUCUUUUACUUUUUUCCUAAACAGUGGUUGUACCUUCCUUAACUGAAAGACUUCUUAUGAUUGUACCUUUCCGUUUCCCUCAUUAUUAUUAUUAUUGCUUCGUUUUGGGCACCCGGGCAGUAUCACAGCCCUCACACAUAUCGAAUGAGAUUUGUGUGGCGCAUAUGUAUUUGGUGCCUCCUUGUACCAAUAUCUUUGUGUUAAAAUAAAUAAAUAAAUACCUUACACUAAUCUGUGGUCGUUAUUGUCCUUUUUUUCUUUUGCGCACCUUACCUUCUUUUUUCUCUUCCCAUUGUCAUUGUUUUGUUUGGCACAUGUAUAUUUGGUGCCCCCUUGUGCCAAUAUUUAUGUGUUC